CUGGACGCGCUAACUGACGAAAACGUAAUCGACGACGAGACCGCUGCUCGUCCGACCAAGCGCGAAAAGAAAAGCAAGCGAGCCGCGGGUAGAAACCUAUCCAAAACCCAAAAUCCAGACGGGGAGGCGAGCCAGUCUGACGGAGUGAUUACCCAUAAAUCACUUAUUCGUCACGGGAUUUUCUUCACUCUGUCGUUGGCGGCGGCGGUCGCGAGUUACCUGUUCCGUGAUGAAAUCAUGUCGAACGUGGGAUUCGGAGCAAUGCCCAUAGGUCUUUGGGCAAUACUCUUCACCUACCUAUUGAUUACGAACACAAGUUGGCUCAUCCGGAGGUACCGUGAGACGAUCUCGUCCCUCAUCGUGGUGUUCGGCGGUGUGGCGGUGUUAGGAAUAUUCGACGCUCCUUUGGGCGCGACAACCGGAGCCACCAUGGGUGGUCGCCUCGGCGAGAUUCUUGCUCGAGAGCCGUACGAGUGGCAUCGCUACGACCUCGUGCUUUGGCAGCAGGCGUUGGCGUGGGUACGGGCCGGAGCGCUGUUCACGAUUGGCGCCGCGGCCCAGUUCCCAACAGCGUUUGGGAUCGCGAUGAAAGUCAUCUGGAUCGGCGUUCUGAUGGUGGUAUCGGCCUCCGUCGGCUUAUUCAUGAUGGCAGGCGGAGCAGCCACCAGCAUGGCCAGCAAGCGCAAAACCGUCAAACCCGAAAUCGAAGCGUCAACCAACCCUCAGGCACCGGAUCCGCAGGGCGUUUCGGCAAAUGAAGACAUUUUCGCAAUUCAACCAACCGCGACCGAGAAGAACGCGGAAGUCUCAUUUGGGCGUGAAGAUUCAAGCGACGCGGUCGUUGUGAUGGGAAACACUUUUGUCGUCGAUGAUGAUGACUUUGACGAAGAUGAAAAGUUCGAAGAUGACGAAUGGAACUCGAUCGGAUCAACAUCAAAGUUCAACAUGCCCAACGACUUGUCCCAAGAUUCGGAAGACGAUGCAGGUUUCAUUGAAGUUGGCGGUUCAGUCGGUGACGUUGCCGUGACAAGUUUCGAUCAAGACUUAUUUGCAGAAACUGAGACCGUGGAGGAUGGUGAGGGGCAUUCACCGAGCCGAGAUGCCGACGAGGUGCUGCAGAUGAUCACUUCAGGGGCGGCGGUCGAAGCAGCGAUGAACGCGUUCCCGUGGCAUCUACCGACUCUCGAGUUUCUGGCAGAUCCUCCUACAGGAGGCGUAGCGACGACCGAGAUUAAGGCGACAAGCGAUCUGAUCGAAGAGACUCUCGCCGAUCAUAGUAUCGCGGUGACUGUGGAUCAAGUUAGGGUCGGUCCGACGGUAACGAUGUAUGGACUGAAGCCAGGUUGGAAGGGAAGUGGACCGCGAUCGAACAGCGUGCGACAACGGGUCCGUGUCGACACGAUCCUCAAUCGUGAGAAGGACAUCGCGUUGGCAUUGUCAUCGCCGAACAUUCGAUUUGAAUCGGUGGUGCCCGGCUCCUCAGUAGUUGGCAUAGAAGUCCCCAAUGCGCGACCAACGCCAGUCAAUCUGCGCACAGUCAUGGAUUCCGAGGAGUGGUCCGAGUUCGUCGACGAUGCAGCGUUGCCAGUGCCGUUGGGAAUGGGUAGUGGCGGCAAUCCGGUAAUGGCCGACUUCGCGAAAAUGCCCCACACGCUCGUCGCUGGCGCCACAGGUUCAGGCAAGAGCGUCUGCAUGAACACAAUCGUCACUGGCUUGCUUAUGACGCGGACGCCUGUCGAGUUACGAAUGGUGAUGAUCGAUCCUAAGCGCGUCGAGUUGACGCCGUACCAAGGGGUCCCGCACCUGCAUACGCCAGUCAUCGUGGAACCCGAGCGCGCCGUCAAGGCGCUCAAGGCGCUAGUGAAGGAGAUGAUGGACCGGUUCUCUACGCUCGAGGCGACGGGAGUGAAGAACAUCACCACGUACAACGAGAAGAGCACGUCAACGAUGCCGUAUCUGUUGAUUCUCGUUGAUGAGUUGGCCGAUCUGAUGUUGACGGCUUCGAACGAGGUCGAGCAGCUUUUGGUUAGAUUGGCGCAACUUGGUCGCGCGACUGGCGUGCAUCUAGUGGUCGCGACUCAACGUCCGUCGGUAGAUGUGGUGACCGGGUUGAUCAAGGCGAAUUUCCCGUCACGGGGUCAGCUUUGCUGUCGGGUCGCAAGUGGACAGUCGGACGAUUUUGGAUGCCACCGGUGCAGACAAACUCCUCGGCAAAGGAGACAUGCUUUACAAGCCGAUCGAUCUGAGCCAACCUGUUCGAGUGCAGGGCGCAUUCUUGGCCGAGGAAGAGAUCGAGUCAAUCGUCGAAUUCUGGAAACAGGUCGGCGCUCCACCGUUGCCGCAACUUGA